AUGGGCCUCCGGCUACUGCUGCUCCUGGCGCUGCGGCCGCUGCUCGCCGCCUCGCCGGGGGGGAAGGAGCUGCAGAGCGGCGCGCCGGACGGCGCGACCUACCUCUCGGAGUACUUCUCGCAGAGCGCCCAGAGGCUCUCCUUCUACCGGUGGUAUGGCACCGCCAAGCUCUUCCGAUUCCGUGUGCCGGAGGACACCGUCCUGGUCCGCUGGCUCCUGCAGGCCUCCCGGGGGACUGGCCCAGAGUGCCGAGGCGAGACCCAGGUCACCAUCCACUUCCGCCAUGGGGCACCGCCCGUCAUCAACCCCCUGGGCACGCAGUUCCCCGCCAACAUGAGCCUGCCGGGCUCCUUCAGCCAGACGUUGGCGCUGGGGAGGGCCGCGCCCCAGAACGCCACCUUCCUCAACCUCACCAGCCCUGCCGCCGGAGACUGGUUCAUCGUGGCCCACCUGCCUGAGGCCACGGGCAAGAUUGAAGUCAAGGGCUUCUCCACGCCGUGCACCUACACCUUCCAGCCGGAUAUGUUCCUGCUGCGCCUCUUGGAGGUCUCCGCCCUGGAGCCCGACCUUCUCUCCUGGCAGACCAUCUCUGGCCCAGCUUGGCCGCUUCACACCAAGAUCUUUGUCCCGGCAUACUGCACUGCCCUGAAGGUUGAGCUGCGAAACUGCACAGCAAACACCUCCGUGGCCUGUGCUCUCCACGUCACGCUGGGUUCCGCCACGCUGCCCCGGUCCUUCCAGAAGGUGCUGAACUGCACAGGGGGGGAAGCCUUCCCCUGCAGCCUCCUCCUGGCCUCGCCACCGUGGGAGAAGUGGCUGCGGAUCACAGUGGAAAGCCUCAGCGGGCCCAGGGCCCGGCUCUCCUUCCAGAUGGAAGCUUCCUUCACAGCAUGCAAGCCCGGGACGGCCAGCACCUUCCUGGCAUUCUACCAGAGCUUGAACCGAAGCCAGGCUGUGCCACCGCAGGGAGGCAGCCCUAAUGCCAUGUGGCAGGUGGGUGCCAACGCCUCUGCUCCAGGGAGCUCCUGCCUGCGCAGCCAGCCAGUCGUCCGGGAGGACCUGGAUGUGGUGUCGGUGAUGUUCCGGGUCCUUGGGGAGUCCGGCGUGCCAGUCCGGCCUCAGCUGCCAAGCCUGCUCCUUCUCUCCCUGAAUUCGGGGAUGGACAGCGGGGGGACGCUGAUCCUCGGCCUGCAGCUGAACAAGACGGCCUCGAUCCUUGGGAAUGCCACCGUGCUCGCCUGCCUGAGUGCUGCUUCUCCAGUGCUGAACCCAAAUGCCAUGGGGGACUGCAGGACAGCAUUCUUCCAGGGCUACCCCUUGAACGUGUCGGAGGCCUCCCUGGAAGCGGUGCUCAGCGUCCCCUACCCAGAGUCAGAGAGCUGGUUCCUGACCUUGCAGCUCGUCUGCCCAAAGGACGCGGGGGAAUGUGCCCAAGCCCUGGUGACUGUCACCGCCUUCCUCAGCCCUUGCUGGAACGACUGCGGCCUGUACGGACAGUGCAGCUUCCUGCGGCGCCACGGCUACGUCUACGCGGGGUGCAGCUGCAAGGCUGGCUGGAGCGGGUGGGGCUGCACAGACGGCACGAAGGCCCAGUCGGUCGGUGCCCAAACGCUGGCCACCCUCUUGCUGACGCUCAGCAACCUGAUGUUCCUGCCUGCCAUUGCCGUGGCCCUGUACAGCUACCAUUUGGUCGAGGCCUCCGUUUAUCUCUUCACCAUGUUCUUCUCCACGUUCUACCACGCCUGCGACCAGCCUGGGGUGGCCGUCCUGUGCAUCAUGGAUUACGACACGCUGCAGUUCUGCGACUUCUUGGGCUCUGUGGUCUCUAUUUGGGUCACCAUUCUGUGCAUGGCCCAACUGAAGAAAAUGCUGAAACACAUCCUUGUUCUUCUCGGGACCCUCUUCAUCGCCAUGUCUCUGCAGCUGGACCGGAGGGGGGUUUGGAACAUGAUGGGACCCUGUCUCUUUGCCCUCGUCAUCAUGAUGUCCGUUUGGGCCCACCGCGGUGUGAGGCGCCGUCACUGCUACCCCCCCUGCUGGAAGCGCUGGGCCUUCUUCCUCCUCCCUGGCAUCUGCUUGGCCUUCAUCGCCAUCGCUGUCUAUGCCUUCAUGGAGACCAAUGAGAAUUAUUACUACACUCACAGCCUGUGGCACGUCCUAAUGGCCGGCAGCGUGGCCUUCCUCCUUCCCCCCGGAGACAGGCCCAAGAGGCUGUGGGCGUGGUCACGCAAGCUCCUCUGUGGCUACCAGAUCUGCAAGAACGACCGGGAAGAGCUCUAUGCUGUGACGUGACUGACAGCCCUCCUGCUGCUGCUGCUGCGCUUGCUGGGCUCCUCUGGCGGAUUGGGAGCAGCUGCCUUGGGCUCGAGAGAGGCAGCUGGCCUGGGGGCUUUGGGGGUGGGGAGCAGACUUUGUCAGGCCUCACAGAAGACUAGCGGGGGCUGCAUAGACUUCCAGUUCAGCAGAAGGUCUGUUCCGCAGCUCCGUCCUAGGACAAAGCUAGCAGGGUUUCUGGACUCUCGGCGAGCCCCGCGCUCACCAGCCCUCACAGCCACGUGGCUGAGGAAUGUGUGGGAAAGUGCUAUACAAGGAGCAUCAUGAAGGAGUGAGCAAAUGGGGGGAGGGGAGGGCUCCUGAUGGCAGGGGGAAGGAGAGGCAGGCCAAGGGCUGCUGCAGGGGACUUGGCUCACGCAGCCUCCUUGGGAAGAUGGGUGGGGUCUGGGGGGAUGUGAUAAGUGUGGUGUGUGUAUGUUGGGAGGGGGUAUGCCAGACCAGCCAUGCUCGCACAAAGCGUGCGUUGCUCAGGGAAGCGUUUUGGGUGUUCAGUGCCACAGUGUCCGGAACAGCCCUGUCAGAUUGGCUGCAAUGACCCAGCUCUGCUCCCAUGUGGGCGACUGACGGAGCUCUCCGUCCCUCUGGGUGUUUCUCUUCCAUUCUUUGCACAUAACUGUUGUUGGCAGCACUGAGAGCAAUUCGGCGGCUCCCCCUCCUUGCAACGGUGGCUGUUGGGGAUGCAGCCAGGCUGCUGCCUCUGGGAGGGGACCAGGGUUCAGCACAAGUCGCAGCAGCAGUCACAGGGCGUGCCGCUUCCACGUGCCUUUGGUGGCCUUCUCACACCCCGCCCCCCAUGGGGCUUGUUGCAGGUCUGCUGACUCCACUCACCCAGCUUGUGGUCUGUUCUUGCUUUUGGUGACUGGAGAACUAGAGGGCUGGGCACUGUGAAGCUGGAGUUGGUUGCCCCCCCCCCCUUUCAAAAAUGUCUUUGGCACAUAGAAAGUCCAGAAGUGGUAAAGUCUUCAUGGAGCAAUAAGAGUUGAUGAAUUUGAAUGGCUUCCCCAGCCGUUCUCUUUGAAUUUUGCUGCUGAUCUCAUUUUGUUCUUAAUUUCAAUCACUACAGGAAUGAAAGGGAAUGUAACAUGCAAUGGGAAAUGGGGUUGUACUGUUGAUUUACCUCAGGCAGAAUUUCAAUUCCUGUGGUUCUUUUCACUGGCUGUUUGAAUUGUUGAGUGUGUUCUGUCACCUCUCGGCACAGGCAACCAAAUAAAAAUGAAGGAAGAGAAAGUG